CACCCCCGCUGCGUCUCCCCUCUCCACCCCCUACACGGACUUCCCGAAGACUGAACUGACGAAUCAUCCCUUUCGUUAUGAUGUCACGGAAUCUAUCAGCCAACGAGGUGGCGACGCUCGUCGAGGAGGCGGAGUCAAGGAUCCGCCCUUAUAUUCUAGCCACGCCCCUGCUCCCUGCGACGGCUAUAUCACGUGAACUUGGCGUUCAUGUCUAUCUGAAAUUAGAGAAUCCACAAUAUAGCGGAAGGCUCUUCAGCAUAAUCUUCUCUCUUUUUUUCUCCUUCCUUGUUCCCCCUUCCUCCCCCGCUCUCCUUCCCUCUUCCCUUUUAUAUAUCAGUGACUCACCUCCCACUCUCCCUCAGGCGUCGGCUUUCAAAACGAUGGGCGUGCGUGGGCGUGUGGUGGUCCCUGUUACAGCUGACCCGGAGAAGAAGCAGAAGCUGAAGGAUGCCGGCGCGGAUCUCCUCGAACACGGGAGAGACGCAGCCGUCGGGGAAUCCCACGCCAGGACUCUGGCCGAAAGUGAUGCAAUUCCUUUCCUCUCGCCUUAUAAUGAUUACCAUGUGUUGGCUGGACAGGGAACCAUAGGCAUGGAAAUCCUUCAAGACCUGGCCGACGUGGGCGCCAUCUUCGUGUCCGUGGGCGGCGGGGGUCUCGUCUCCGGGAUCGCUGCUUACGUGAAGGCCAAGAGACCGCAGUGCCAGAUCGUCGGGUGUUCGCCAAGGAGGUCAAAGGUCAUGCAUGAAUCUGUAAAAGCAGGUCACAUCAUCGAGGAAGAGAGUGAAGAUACGUUGUCAGAUGGAACGGCAGGCGGAGUUGAGAGAGAGUCAGUGACCUUCCCUCUGUGUCGUGACCUCGUCGACCGCUGGGUGUUAGUGGAAGAGGAAGAGAUAGCCCAGGCUGUCUAUUACUGCCUGAAGCAACACAAGAAAGUUGUUGAGGGUGCAGCUGGUGUGGCUCUAGCAGCUGUGAAGAAAACAGCUGAUUUCUACACAGGACAGAAGGUCGUUGCCGUAAUGUGUGGGGCCAACAUCAGCAUGGCUAAUCUAAAAACUAUUAUCAAUACCUAUGCAUAGGCAUUUCCUUUCCACUUCUGUCUUUUCUCUCCUCUUUUCCUUCUCUUUUGUCUUCUCUCUCUUUCUCUUUCUCUCUCUCAUUCACUCCCAUUCUCUCUAUUACUUUUCUGACCGAUUUCAUCAGUAUUUGAAGCGUGUAACUUACAAUAUAACAUACACGCUUAUGCAUAAACACAUUAGGUUGAAGAUACUUUCAAGUAUAGAAACGUAUACAGAA